CUGUCAUUUUGAAACUAAUUCGUUGAUACUCGACAAUCGAAAUUCGUGCUCAAUGCUUUUGGGACAUAAAUUCAAUUCAAAAUUGAACGUACUUAGUAUAUAUGGCCAUAUCUCAGUCGCAUUUGAGUCGCCUGCAGUUGCGCGCCGCCCACUUGGUGCGCGACUUCUAUGAGGCACUGUUGCUGCUGGCCCUGGGCCUGCUGCUGCAAUGGAACGAGCUGCAUCCAAUGCUGCUGCUGAAUGCUCGCGAACAGCAGCUGGCGCACGCUCUGCCCGAGCCGCAGCCAUUCAAUUGGUCGUUUGUGUGCUUCAGCAGCGGCCUGAUGCUGCGACUGCUGCAAUAUCGACCGCACUGGCUGCGACGCAGCGCGGGGCUGCGGCGCAAGCUGCUGCUGCUGCUGGAGCUAGCCACGGUGCUCUAUGUGCUCGACUAUGUGCAGCUGCUGAUGUGGCAGCCCUGCCUGGACAUCUUCGAUCAGGCGUUGCACGCUCUGGCGCACGCCAAAUGGCACUGGCUGCAGCUCACAUUUCAGCUCUGUGCCAAUUGCCACACUUGGCUAAUUAAUGACGCAUUCUAUACGCUGCGCUUCGUGGGCUCGCUGACGUUUCUGCUGCUCGCCUUGGAUAAGACAGCGCCCAAGUGGCGUUUGGCUUUGGACUAUUUGCUGCUGGGCCAGUUGCCCGAUCAUUUUGGCAAGCAGCGACUGCGACGCCGGCGACGUUUGCUUAAGCUGCUGGCCAACAAGCCGCACUGAACUGCAGCUCUGACAUAUUAUUAUAAAUUGAUAUAUUGAUUAAAAUCGUACAAGGCAAUUGUUUGUCUAAU